ACCCAAACGCCCCAACUGGCCACCGCGCGACUUUCUGCUCAACCGCCGAGCUGUUAGAAGAUGAGCAAUCCAGCUCAUGGUGUUCGUGAAGAAGAAGAUGAUGACCAAGGCGAGGUUUACAUUGAUGAAGCUGACAUCAUUAAUGAAGUCGAUGUCGAUGAGGAAGAUCUUCCUGAUGUAGACGACGAAGUUGUUGAUGAGGCUGAUGAUUCCAUGCAUAUAUUCACUGGUCAUACGGGUGAACUUUAUACAGUUGUCUGCAGUCCGACAGAUCCAGUGUUAGUUGCAACAGGGGGUGGAGAUGACAGAGGGUUUCUUUGGAAGAUUGGACAAGGAGAUUGGGCUUCUGAGCUCCAAGGCCAUAAGGAAUCUGUUUCUACUUUAGCAUUUAGUACUGAUGGACAGUUGCUGGCGUCUGGAAGCUUGGACGGAAUUGUUCAAAUUUGGGAUACAACAUCAGCCAAUCUAAAAAGUACUCUUGAGGGUCCUGGAGGGGGCAUUGAGUGGGUCAGGUGGCAUCCUAGAGGGCAUCUGGUCUUGGCCGGUUCAGAGGACUCUACAGUUUGGAUGUGGAAUGGCGACAAAGGUUCCUAUCUUCAAUUGUUUUCAGGGCAUGGUGGUAGCGUGACUUGUGGUGAUUUUACCCCCGAUGGUAAAAUAAUCUGCACUGGUUCUAAUGAUGCAAGUUUGAGAAUAUGGAACCCAAAAAGUGGCGAGAACAUUCAUGUGGUACAAGGUCAUCCUUACCAUUCUGCAGGAUUGACAUGCUUGGCAAUAAGCUCUGAUUCUACUCUAGCUGUUACUGGUUCUGAAGAUGGAUUCAUCCAUAUUGUAAACAUAACAACCGGAAAGGUUGUUAAUUCCCUGCUUUCACAUUCAGAUUCGGUCGAAUGUAUUGGACUUGCACCAAGUCUCCCUUGGGCUGCAACAGGAGGUAUGGAUAACAAGCUUAUCAUCUGGGAUUUGCAACAUUCGUUGCCCCGUUCUACAUGUGACCAUGAGGAUGGAGUGACAUGCUUGACCUGGCUCGGGGUAUCUAGGUACCUAGCAACAGGUUGUGCAGAUGGGAAGGUCCGAUUAUGGGAUAGUCUCUCUGGUGAUUGUGUAAGAACCUUCAACGGGCAUAGUGAACCUAUUCAGUCUCUCUCUGUAUCUGCCAACAAAGACUUUCUUGUUUCAGUAUCUACUGAUGGGACUGCCCGAGUUUUUGAGAUUGCAGAAUAUAAGUAAGCAAUAUACCCUUCAUGGUUUGUCACAAAGAUGGUGUUGGAGAUAUAUAUAUAUAUAUAGUACCUUUUUGUAUAAACAAUAUGAAUUGCAUGUUUUUCUAAUGGUAUUUGCAAGAUAGUAUUUCCCUUUUCUUUUCAGUAGUCUCUAGGAUCUGUAUUAUAACAUCCUACAUUAUUGUUAUAAAAAGUUGUUCUUUAUAU